AUGGGGCUGGGGGCGUCGCGGGGCCGUCGGCGCCACUGCCGAGCGCGGGCCACGCGGGCAGCCCAGGCACGUGGCAAAAGAGGGAGUAUCUGUGAACAGCUGGAGAUGUUUAGCCAGAGCAGGGAUGACCGAAGAAGGGAUGAAGACUGUGAGAGAAUAGGAGGAAGAAAUCAUUCGCCUUUGAAAGAUAACCUUUCACCAUGGGAAGAGUGGUUCAUCUGCAAAGAGAGGGAACUACGUGACCGUUUACAAGCUAGAGCUCUGGAGAAAAUUAAUCUACAACUUGAGAAAACAAAAGAAAAGCAAGAUUCUGAAAGGAGGAGAAGAUUAGCUGAAGAGAAGCACAAGGAGUGGGUGCAAAGAAAAAAAGAAGAGGAAAGAAGGGAAAGGGAACGAAAACUGAGUAAAGAGAUGGCAGAAAAAGCCACAAGGGAACUAGAAAAAAUGCAGUUACAAGAAAAGGCCAAAUUAAAGUAUAAAGAAUGGUUAAAGAAGAAAAGAGCUGAAGAGUCAGAAAAGAAGAAGAGAGAGAAGGAAAAGGAAAAACAAAGGCAAGCUGAGCUACAGGAGAAGAAAGAGAGAUCAGAGAAGAUCUUUAAGGAAUGGCUACAUAACGCUAGAAAUAAAGCACGCCCUGUUUUAAAUGGCCAUAGCUACCCACAUGGGAAGUCUACAGGGUGUUAUGAUGGAAUUUCCUAUCCAGCUCCAGCAUACUGUAACCCCAUUCCUUGGAAACCAAUACAUGUACCUCCUCCAAAGGAAGAUGGUAGCGUUAGCGUGAAGAGCAGCAAGAGAAGUGCAUACCCUCAGUCACGUAGAUCUUCACCUAUGGUCAUCUGUAAGCCCCAAACCACUUGUUGUGUAGGAUCCUUACAUAGAAAGCAGUUAUAG